GAAAAUAAACAUAAUGUCAGACGAAUUACAUUUUACUUAUAACAUUUAAUAAAUAUCAAGACAAUCAAGACUUACCUGUUAAUCGAUGCACAACACGCUCACGACGCUCACACGCUGCUACAAGGUGUCAACUGUCAACCACAGAACAAGGGUUAGUUCAAACCGCUGCCAACGGUCGCACGCAAAAACCCUAACCCGGUCCCAAAUCCGGGGAAAUGAAAAUUUCCGGGAAAAACAACCGGAACUUGGCAACAAUAAAUCAAGUGACGUUUCGUACUUGUCUUUUUUUCCAAAACAAAUGUCAUAGUCACAAUGCGAGAAAAUAAGUGCUAAAGAUCGGUUCGUUUUCUCAUAAGAUGGAAAAUCCUCUAACCAAAAGUGAGGAGAAGAAGUUCGGGUACCCCAAAGUACGAGAUUCGGACGUUAAAAAUGAAAAACCCAAAGUCGAAGUUAGGCGCUUGCAGUACGACCCUAACCCUAAGGUCGGGGACUGGAAAAAGACGUGCUCGCCCAGCUGUUGCCCCUCGUUAUCGGGCGAAGAACGCCUGGGCGGCGUUGCCGGGUUGUGCCCUGGCGCACUUUCCGCAAGUUUAUCGAACAGCUGGUAGGAUUACGUAAUUUGCGAUAAUAUCCAACAAAUGUGCUUUGUUGUCCCGAUUAGGGAAAAAAAUCAGUGAUAAGUGGUACAGGGACUUGGAAAUAGGCACCAAGUGGGGUCGCUGAUGUGGCAAUGCCAUCUAGGUAUAUUGUAUCAGAAUGGCACAAACUACGUAAAUUUGUAUUACAAGAAAACAAAAUAACUUGUUUUUAGAUGUUCACACCUUUAAUAAAUUUUUUUGGUAAAGUUGUCUUUUUCGCCUAUUUUUUCUGUGAUGUCCGAAAAGGGGUGAUCAGGUAAUAAUCCGUUUUGACCUGAUAAGAUGCGGUGCCGAAUUUCUAGGACUCGAACACGUAAAGAGAGGGUGCCCGGUAUUUGGGGAUUCAAUAGUGCCCAAUUUAUGCACGCCUGUUAUCAUAACUCGCCUGUUUUGGUAAUAAUAUUGUCCGAUUUUGGGAAAUAGAAAAUAAAGAUGCAAUAAAUGAUAAUUUACUGGACACCCUUCACAGAAUUCUUGUGAAAAACAUUUUAACAAAACACAUGGGCGGUUUAUGGUUUAUGGUUUACGGUCCUUUUAAGCAAACGCCGCCUGAUGCGCAAAAUAGCUUUAAACCGUUUGUUGUCGGUGGAGAAAAGGAGAGCUAGGGAUCAUAAACUAAAUGAGGGUAAACGAUUCUACCGAAAAUUCUUUUCACUUAUCACACAGUUGUGUAAUUAUAAUUAAUGAAAACAGUGAUAGUACCAAGUUGAUUGUAGUCUGACUGUUCAUGUAAAGCUCUAAUAAAUUGAGUAUAAAUGAUAAUCUGUUAGCAGGCCCGGUAAUUCAGCCUGAUUUAUUUCCGAUUUUAAUUCAAUUUCGGAUAUAUUUUUUAACAUUGUUCCGACAACUAAAAGGCCAUAAUUUUAUUUUUGAAAAAUGUCUUUUUUAUUGUUGAAUUGGUGGUCAAAAGGGCAUUGUGUGACAAAACCGAUUUCGGGGUGAAAUGGGGCGAUAGUGCAUUUGCGGAGCUAUAAAUAUUGAAAUUAGGUGAAAAAGUGGGAAAAAUUAAGAAGCAAUUUGUGGUAAAUAAUUGAGUUUUUCGCUAUUAGCAAAGUGACUUUCUUAAAAUGUCAUUUUUAAGAGGGUGUUUAGUGUUUUUUCGGAUUUUUAUUUUAUUAAACGGUUUCAAAGCUGACAACCAAACAUACAUCUACGCAAAUUGAAACGUAUUUUGCUAGUGUGAAACUGGCUUCAUGUUCGGGUUUCUUCGGAAUUUCGAGGAGCUGGUUUGGGGAGCUGUCUUCACACAAAUUUGUUUUGGGUUUUUCGUGUUGGAGUGUUGGCAGUUGAAAAACCGUUGACUUACGAAGUGACAAUUCAAAUUCGAACUUAUCACAAGUUGAAAUUGUGCAAAAGUGUUAAGUCGGAGUGAAGUGUUUUUGUUGUAAAUAUGUCCCAAAGGAAGGCCCCCGUGUGCCAAAACAAGGAGAACAACGUUCCGCGCGCCGCGGCGAAAAAGGGCCCCCCGGCGCAAAAGGGGGCUCUCUCCGAGAACAAGGCCCAGAAGGGGGCUGCAAGUGACACGGCUCAGGAGAGUUCGAAGGGGCGGCGUUGGACCUUGGCGGACUUCGAUAUCGGGAAGCCCCUCGGGCGUGGUAAAUUCGGAAACGUGUACUUAGCUCGCGAAAAACAGUCGAAAUUUGUCGUUGCGCUUAAAGUGCUGUUCAAAAGUGCGAUCAAAGACUUCAAUAACGAGCACCAAGUGCGGAGGGAAAUCGAGAUUCAGUCGCACUUGAGACACAACAAUAUUCUGCGAAUGUAUGGCUAUUUUCACGACGAGUCGAGGGUCUACAUAAUACUGGAAUACGCCCCCAAUGGCACAUGCUACAAGGCGCUGCAAGCAGCCCCCAACAGGCGCUUCCCGGAGGAGACAUGCGCCCGCUACAUCCGCCAAAUUGCGGACGCUCUCAGUUACUGCCACACGAAGAAAGUCAUUCACAGAGACAUAAAACCGGAGAACUUGCUACUUUGUGCCCAAGGCCAAAUCAAAAUCGCUGAUUUUGGGUGGUCUGUACACGCCCCCUCCUCCCGUAGGACUACUCUCUGUGGCACCCUUGAUUACCUCCCGCCUGAAAUGGUCGUGGGGCAAACACACAACGAAAAAGUGGAUUUGUGGAGUUUGGGCGUUUUGUGUUUUGAAUUUCUGACAGGGAAGCCCCCAUUUGAAGCGCCCACGUUCGAGGAGACGUACCGGAAUAUCAGCAAGGCCUACUACAAGUUUCCGCCGUAUGUCUCCGAGGGGGCGCAAGAUUUGAUUAGGAAAUUGCUUGUAGUUAAUCCAAAUGAAAGGCUUGAGCUGAGUCAAGUGAUGAAACAUCCGUGGAUUGUCUCGCACACAGAGGAGAAGAGUAGUCAAUAAUUGUGAUUUUUAUUUAAGAUUAGACUAAACACUGUUUUGUGUUUUUUUCUAGACUGUUUUUUGCCAUUUUAUGUGUACAUUUAUUCUUUCAUUUGGGUUAGUUUUUAAUUAUUAUUAUUUUAAAUAUAAGUUGAGAAUGUUCAUAAAACUAAA